AUGGAGGUGCCGGCCUACGCGGGCAAGGGGGCCCCCGGGGGGCCCCCCGAAGGUUUCGCGGCUGCAGCAGCAGCAGCAGCAGCAGCACGCAGCAGCAAAGAUCAGGUGGGGGGAAAAGUCCCCCAGUACUUUUCUCUCCGCGGCAGCAACGCCUUGAGGGGCGGCCGCAGGACUUACAAUGCCAUGUGCCUCAACGACAACUGGUACGAAGACCGUUUGAACCCGGAGUUGGCUCCGCAGCUGCAGCAGUUUGCUGCAGCAGAGCAGCAGCAGCAGCAGCGGGGGCCCUUCGGGCCGUGGGCCUCGGAGUACACUGUGGCCUAUUCGCGGGGAAAUUGGAAACUGCAAAACUUCAAACUCACCGACUCCAACAUCCUUGCCUUCGACCAAUCUUCGCCGCAGGACUGGACCUCGUGCUACCGAAUCGACUACCGCAAUCGGCAGCAAGAAGAAGUGAUGGCUCGCAUGCAGGAAUUGGAAGAAGAGAAAAGAAAACGCGAAAUGGCAGAAAUGAGGGCUCGGGCGGCGGCGGAGGCGCGGGUUCCUGUGUGGCCGUUGACUCCAGAAGCUGCUGCACGCCUGGCGGCCUCUCGCCAACACGCGGAAGAAGAAGCUGCGGCCUCUCACCGCUCCCAGCAUUCUGCUGCUUCUGGCGGAGCUGCAGCAGCAGCAGCAGCAGCAGCAGCAAAGGGCCAGCAGCAGCGCAGCGGAGCCAAAGCGCCCGCGGGGGAAGAGAGAGGGCCCCCCAGACUUGCAUGCAGCAGCAGCAAACAGGACUUCGACGAGCUGCAGCUAAUUAAAAAGGAAGAAAUUGAAAAUCCCGAAGAAGAACUCGAAAGGAAAAUGACAGAACUUGAAAUUAAUCCCCACGACAGGAAACCCGCGGGCAAGCCCUCUCAGGCCCAGGGCGUGCGCUUCGCAGGCCGCUACUACUAG